AUUGAUUAAACGUGGAUGUUUUACAAGGUUUUUUUAAAUCUCGACUAACGUGUUUUCACAAGCCAUUUGUUUCUUCGUUUACUUACUUUCACCAUGUAUAUUUAGAAAUGUUUUUUCAUAAAGUUAUUAUUAGUUUAUAGGUGUAGUUUAUUAUUAUAUUACGUUGAAGAACUUAACACAAUGUAUAAUUUGUUUACUGAUUAUUUAUUUACACCAAAAUUAUACAGAGUUUACACUGGUAUACGAAGAAACGACGACUAUAUUCAAACAUGGCAAGAAAAAUUUGCAGACAGAAUACUAACAACUUCCUAUCUUCUUACACAAGUAGCCACUUAUCUUUCACCGGCUUUAUUGUACAUGUAUGGAAAAUGGCUGCUAAGUCCAGACUUUAUUAAUAAGCUUUUUUUUCGAGGAUCAAUAUUAGGCAUAACCUUGGUUACAACUUUCCUAUUAAGAAGUUAUGGACGAGCUAUUAAUCCAAAAUACAGAGCUUUUUAUGAAGACCUUAUUAAAGCUCAAUUAGAAUAUUCGACUAACAAUCAAAAAAAAUUACAUGGUUAUGAUUUUGAUUUUUCGGCAUGGCCUGUAGAUUUUUCAUGGACUGACAGUCAAGAAAAAAGUUACAAACAAAAUUUAACCAGUAAUAAUAUUAAGCUGUUAUACAAAAUGUUAAGUAGCCCUAGUAGUCUCAUUGGAUUUAUAGCAAUUCGUACUUUUGGAAUAUCAUUGAUUUAUCCUGGUUCUACAUCAAUUUUAUUCUAUUUAAUGGAUGAGAGUUUACAAAAUGGAAGACGAGCUUUAAUCACUUCGUUUGGAGGUGUAAGAUAUAAAUUGAAAACUAUUGAUGGGAAUUUUGUGGACUCAAUGUUUAUAGACAAAAGGCAUUUAAAUGAUUCUUUAAACCAAAAACUAAUUAUUUGUAGUGAAGGAAAUGCUGGGUUUUACGAAGUAGGAAUUAUGAGUUCAGCUCUUGAAACUGGUUGUUCUGUUUUAGGAUGGAAUCAUCCAGGAUUUGGUUAUAGCACUGGUAUGCCAUACAUACAACAAGAAAAAAAUGCUGCUGAAACUGUUAUGGAAUUUGCUAUAAAAAAUUUAAAGUUUAAUCCUAAUCACAUUAUAUUAUAUGGAUGGAGUAUAGGUGGUUUUCCUUCCACCUAUUUAGCUAAAAAGUAUCCUGAUGUUUAUGCAGUAAUAUUGGAUGCCACAUUUGAUGAUUUAACACCAUUAGCAAUCCCGCGAAUGCCAAGCUUUGCCGAACAAUUGGUGAAAUUCACAGUCAAAGAACAUACUGAUUUAAAUGUGGCUGGAAAUUUAUAUCAAUAUCAAAAUCGUCUCUUACUUAUUAGACGAUCCAAUGAUGAAAUAAUUGCACUCGAACCUCAAAAUGUCAGUACAAAUCGAGCAAAUCACCUUUUAGAAUCAAUUUUAGAAUAUAGAUUUCCAAAACUUUUUUCUGAUGAAUCUCGUUCAGCUCUUUGGGUUUGGUUAUCUACCUCAGGUGAACAAAAAAAACAAGUUCUUAUGCAAUAUGACGUAGAUUUGAUUCAACAAUCAAAACUAUAUCCUUUAGAAAACCCAAUUUAUCCAUUAAAUAUUGGUUAUAGCUGGAAAGAUGAGGAUAAAAUUAAAAUGUUACUUUAUUUGGCCGAUUGUUAUAUGAAAGACUAUGAUUCCACACAUUGCACUCCAUUACCAGUACGGUAUUUACAAAUGAUCAUUUAAACAUUUAAUUUUCCAAAGGAUAAAAUGUAUUAUUUUUAAGAACGGGGUGUAUUAUUUUAGAUGUA